CACGCGGUCGAGAUGGGCGCGUGGAACCCGCGCGUCGCGAUCGCGGCGCUAUUCGGACUCUUGUUGUUCUUCGCCACCGGGGGCGUCGUCGCGGUGUCUUCGCCCGACCUGAGCGACCUCUCCGAGGUGCUGAGGUGGCUCGAACAACUCGGUUCACUCGACGCCGACACCCAGAGGGCGAUGCUCCGCCUCUUCGGGCAGCAGAUGGUGGACAGUGGGGUGACGAAGUGCGACGUCUUCGGUGGUAGGGAAAGCUGCAUAGAUCUCGACCCCAGCUCGAAGUUCGCCCACUCCUGCGUCAACUACCCACUCAAGGUGGACUGCGCGUUCUACCGCGGCGCGUUAGCGGAGCAGGACGAGGACCCGACGUCGGAGCUCGAAGCGGAGGUUGAGGCACAGAAGGCUACGAUGUGCGACGGGUGCAACGCGAACUUGAAGGAUCUGUACUGCGCGCAGACCGUGCCGCCGUGUGGGUCGUUCCAGGACCACAUCGAGCUCGCCAUCGUCCCUCCGCUGCAGAGGAUCGUCCAAGGGCAGAUUGACGGGGACAACAUCGCCGACGCGGUUGCAAAAGAGGUUCCCAACCUCGUCAAGACACUCGCGCUGGUCGCCCCGUGCAGGAGGUACUGCGAGGCCAUCACAUCAUCGUGCGGGUGCGGUCGGAAGAUCACAAUCGGCCAGGUGCUCGCUUCGAACAAGACGAAGAACAUCCUGCCCGCGCCUCCCGAGGGAAUUUCCUACGAGCAGCUCUUGGCGCAGGUCAAGGACACGCCCUUGUGCGACCUUUACGCGGACGAGACGGAACCGGGGUUCUCGGGACACUGCCCGAAGGACCCAAACGCCUUGAUCGGAGACACGUGCGGCUGGUGCUCGGACAACAACGAGAUCCCAACCUUCGUGGAGGAACACCUCGGCGUCGCACUCAUCGACGGCGUCUGGGGGUGGUUGAUUGGGCCCGAGGGGUUGCUGGUGGACGCCGGGUUUCUGUCCCGGGACAAGAACGUCCCGGAGAUACCGAGCGAAGGGAAGGUACGCGGACCAAACCGCGGUCGCAGGGUCCUGUCGUUCUUUCUCUGGCUCGUCGGGCUCGGAGGGGUGGGUGUCGGCGCCUUUUUCGGCCUUCGCGCGUUUCGCCGCUUCCGGGAGGAGCGCGGAGGUUUCCGGCACGAAUACACGCGCGCGGACUUUCUGGAGGAAGACGAGGGAGAGUACACGGCCGCGGUGGACCUCGAUGAGCUCUGAACGUUGUAAAGAUGCGAAUUUUCU